AACGCCAACGCACGCAGCGCAGGACGACACCACUUUCCACGCCUCCGUCUCCGCCCCAGUCUCUCUCCGCUUCCUCCUCUGGUCGCCGCCGCCUCGCUCCCCAAGACCAAUGGCUGACGGCGAGGACAUCCAGCCACUUGUGUGUGACAAUGGAACUGGAAUGGUCAAGGCUGGUUUUGCUGGUGAUGAUGCCCCAAGAGCAGUUUUCCCUAGUAUAGUUGGCCGCCCUCGGCACACAGGUGUCAUGGUUGGAAUGGGCCAAAAAGAUGCCUAUGUGGGUGAUGAAGCGCAGUCAAAAAGGGGUAUCCUGACCUUGAAAUACCCUAUUGAGCAUGGCAUUGUGAGCAACUGGGAUGACAUGGAGAAAAUCUGGCAUCACACCUUCUACAAUGAGCUUCGUGUUGCCCCUGAAGAACAUCCAGUUUUGCUGACAGAAGCUCCUCUGAAUCCAAAGGCAAACAGAGAGAAGAUGACCCAAAUCAUGUUCGAGACAUUCAAUGCACCCGCAAUGUAUGUGGCUAUUCAAGCUGUUCUUUCUCUCUAUGCCAGUGGUCGUACUACAGGUAUUGUGCUUGAUUCUGGUGACGGUGUGAGCCAUACUGUUCCUAUCUACGAGGGAUAUGCACUUCCUCAUGCUAUUCUCCGGCUGGAUCUCGCGGGUCGUGAUCUGACCGACUCCCUAAUGAAGAUCCUCACGGAAAGGGGCUAUUCCUUCACUACAACCGCAGAGCGGGAAAUCGUAAGAGAUAUAAAGGAGAAGCUUGCCUAUGUCGCCCUCGACUACGAGCAGGAGCUGGAGACCGCCAAGAGCAGCUCGUCCGUCGAGAAGAGCUACGAACUGCCUGACGGGCAGGUCAUCACGAUCGGUGCCGAGAGGUUCAGGUGCCCGGAGGUGCUGUUCCAGCCCUCGCUGAUCGGAAUGGAGGCUCCUGGGAUCCACGAGACCACCUACAACUCCAUCAUGAAGUGCGAUGUGGAUAUCAGGAAGGACCUCUACGGCAACAUUGUGCUCAGUGGAGGGACGACCAUGUUCCCCGGCAUUGCAGACAGGAUGAGCAAGGAGAUCACCGCCCUCGCGCCGAGCAGCAUGAAGAUCAAGGUCGUGGCGCCUCCCGAGAGGAAAUACAGUGUCUGGAUCGGUGGCUCCAUCCUUGCCUCCCUCAGCACAUUCCAGCAGAUGUGGAUAUCCAAGGGAGAGUAUGAUGAGUCUGGCCCCUCGAUCGUCCACCGCAAGUGCUUCUAAGCCUUGGGCCGUGUCUCUGUGCACUUUUCCUAUGAUUGAGCUUGUAUCCGACUCCCCUCCAUUGAAGUAUUCCCCGAGCUUUGUGCGGCCGUUUUCACGGAUGAAGGAAAAGUAGGUCCUGUAUCACUUAAUACAGAAGAUGCCGCUUGUUCUUAGUGAUAUACUACUAUGUUGGUUGAUAUUUAGCCGGUGCGUGUGCGACGCACCGGUUCCGGGUUUGGGCUUGGGCUGUUGUGUGGCUGCAGAGUGCAGAACGCUGGCUGUGUAUGUAUAAUUAUUUCCUUCCAUUAAGUAUAUCGGUGUGAAAUUAUUGUUAUUA